CGACUAAGCAGUUUUCGUGACCUGAAGAUGACUCACAAGCCUUGGCAAAGCGAUGAGUUCGUCCUCUUCGAGGAGAGGCAGGCGAUCAAGUGCAAGUUCUUCAAGAAGGGCAACUUCACCGUCACGCUUGCUCCCGGCUACCAGGGCAUUCCCGAGAACCUUGUCAUCAACCUCGUCAUGUGGGUGGGCCUGAUCACCCUGUACAGCGUACUGAACCGAACUGCGAAGAACUACAGCAGGCUGGCCUUAAUACACAAGGAUGACCAGAAGUGGUCUCAGCUCAUAUACGGAAACAGAAGCGACCCGCAGGAUGAUGAGAGCCUCGAGUCCCUAGAGACGAUCAUCCGCCACGAAACAGGCUUGCUCAGCUGGGUGUGGUCGAUUUUCUUGAUCAAGGACCGGCACAUCCUGAAGAAGAACGGACCGGACGCCGUGCAGUACCUGACCUUCCAGCGGCACAUCAUCGUGCUCGUACUCAUCGUGUGCCUCUUCUGCGUCGGCCUCAUCCUGCCCAUCCACGUGUUCGGCGACAUAGAAGGAGACGCGCGGAAGUUUGUCCAUACAACCCUCAACAACAUGGACCCCAACGCGUCAAGCCUCUGGGUCCACGUGAUCCUCAGCUUCCUGUUCCUGCCGCUGGGCGUGCUCUUCAUGCGCCACUUCUCGGCCAAGUUGCACAUCCGUCCAGAAGAGAGCCGGGUCAGCCGGACCCUCAUGAUCGUCGGCGUUCCGCGCAAGAGCUGCCACGCCGAAGUCUUUCGGCAGCAUUUCAGGGAGGCCUACCCGGAAUGCAUCAUCCAGGACAUAAAGUUCGCCUACGACAUCCGGGAACUGGUGGUGCUGGACAGCAACAGGGAAGUGUCGACGCAGGCCCGCAUGUGGUGCGAGAACCAAAUCAACGCCACCGGAAAGAGGCCCAAGAUGCGUCCCUACCAGUUCAGCCGGCUGUGGGUCUUCGGAGACGCAUGCGGCUGCAAGAUGGUGGACGCCCUGGACUACUACUCCCGCGAGGAGAGCGAAUACCUGCGCGAAGUGGAGAAGGAGCGAGCCAACGCGCUCGAGCGGCCCGUCGGUUUCGUGUUCGUCACCUUCGAGACCGAGGAGAUGGCAAUGAUGGUUUGCAAGGACUACCGGUCGCAGUGCCAGUGCUACGCCACCACGCCUUCGUCUAGCGUGAGCAAAGAACUCAAGUCCAACUCCUGGAAGGUCGUCUUUGCUCCGCCUCCCAGCGACAUCUUCUGGGAGAACCUGUCCAUCGGCAAGUGGGCCUGGUACAUCCGCUCCUUCUUCAUCAACUUCGUACUGUUCCUCAUCCUCUUCUUCCUGACGACACCGUUCAUCAUCGUGUCCAACCUGGAGCACAUAUUCCCCUCGGCCGAGCAUCUGAACCCUUUCUUGUCAAAGUUCCUGCCGACCAUGAUGUUGUGGCUUGUUGCAGCAGCGAUGCCAGCCAUGGUCACAAUGUCUGACGUCUUUAUUGCCCACUGGACCAGGUCAUCAAGGAACCACUGGGUCAUGAGGAAAAUUUUCAUAUUUCUCUUGUUUAUGGUGCUGAUUCUGCCUUCUCUCGGUCUCCCCAGUGCUGAAGUACUCGUUUCCUGGGUUCUGAAGCCGACCAAUGAAACACACCUGUGGAAGUGCCUGUACCUACCAGACAGCGGCGCUUUCUUCAUCAACUACGUGGUGACGUCGUCCUUCGUGGGCACCACCAUGGAGCUCAUCCGAUUCCCACAGCUUUGCCUCUUUAUCCUGUACACCUUCAUGUCACGCUCCAAGGCCGAAACAUUCGCAGUGCAGCGGGCAUCCCUGUUCGAGUUCCACUUCGGCGUCCACUACGCGUGGUACCUGCUGAUAUUCGCGAUUACCAUGAUCUACAGCCUCUCGUGCCCACUCAUCGUGCCUUUCGGCCUAGUCUACCUCUGCUUCAAGCACAGCGUGGACCGCUACAACAUCUAUUUCGUGUACACUCCGUCGAAGACGAACAAGUACAUCCACGCAACAGCCAUCGAUUUCGUCAUAGGCUCCCUGAUUCUACUCCAGUUUACGCUCGCCAUAUUCUUCUACCUCAGGACCGGAAACAGCAAUGUGACGGUGGCGACCUGCAUUAUAGCCCUAAUGUCCUUCCUUAUGUUCCUCGGUCAAGCCAUGAUGAAAUGCUUUCGUGAUUUCGGACCGAUAAAAUAUGCGGCGGCCAAACGCAAGACGUACGGUACCAGGCCCAGCCCGCGCAAGCUGUCCACAGUCACCGUGGCCCCGAAGCCGGCGAUAAAGAAGAAAGCCCAGCGCCACGUUUCUGUGGGCCCCUCCUCUUUCGAUGGCUACGGCGGGGCGCUCGCGUGCGGUUCUCCAGUGCCGGAGGCCAUUCCGAUGCUGGCUGUCGACACCCGGGCCGAACCGGUUGACGUCGUGGGCCCGCCAUCGCCGACUGGCUCGAAUGCGGUGGAUAACCACUCCACGAUACGCCACGUUUGCGAGUGAACUUAACGUAGAAAAAAAGAAAUUUGCGAAAAAAACUGUUUUGAUAUGGCCGUUUGUGAACUUUGCUUCUGCACCUUUGUGUGCAUUACGUGGUGCGAAUCGUUUGUGCUUACUGAUUGUAAGUGGGAAGAAUUUGUGAGGCGAUCGACAUUGUUUCCACGUUCACCUGUAGUUGCUCGAAGGUGUUGUGAACUCACUGAGUAUUUCAGCAAACCACUCAGACCGAAUAGAACCCGAACAGAAAUUCCAAGAGCCCAUUGGGCUUUG